UCCACAAACUUCUCUUAGCAGAUCUGGAAGCAAAAAGUCAGUAUUGUUCUCUCAGAUUUAUUCUGGUUUUGUUUCUGUUUUUUUCCCCCUCCUCUAGUGGCUUUCUUUUUAACAGUGCAUCUUACCAAACAUGAUUGAUUUUUGAUGUGAAUGUCUGUCCUGUUUUAUAGCCUUGAAAGCUAUAUUUGAUGAGAAGAGUCUGUUCCCAAAAGAAAUUCUGGAUCGUGAACAAAAAACAAGGCAAAUGUGUGAGCAAAUGUGCAACGAAGGCAAGAUAAUAAGAAAUAAGAAGCAAGCAAAGAUGAAAGAAAAAUAAACCUUCCUGUUGUUACAAAGAAGAGCUGUUUCUGAUCACCUUGGCAAUAUGGAAAUAAAUGUCAGUGAACAAUUGCACCAAUAAGUCAAGCACAGGCGUACAAAACAAUUAAACUACAGACCUUGAAUGUGAAGAAUAAAUUUCCAGAACACUUUUAUAGCUAGAAGAACUGGUACUCCUGUUUUUGAGUGUUUGUAAACUUUAUUUUGUUCCUGAGUAUAAAUUUAUUUCUAAAGAGAAGCAGUGUAUUAAAAAAUCCGACUUUUCUGUUUGACAAUUAUUUACUUACUGUAACAGGUAGUGCCUAAGAUCAAUUUAACUGAACUAUAACAUUGCCUGCAUUUUGUUUAUACAGCAUCAUAAAUGUGUAUGGCAUUUUAUAAAAUAUCAAAAAAUUACCCGCAGCCAUUUCACAUAUUCCACGUUAUUAUCAUGGCUUACUGUGUUUUUAUGGUCGUGCUCACUAUGUGCUUGGUGCUUUCCAAACACUGAACAUGAUCUCUGCUCUGAGGAGCUUACAAUGUAAGGAUAGACAAGUGCAUGGAUUUUAGGGGAAAGGAAACAGGUGUGAAAGAUAGGCCUUUUCCUGCAAUAUCCUUGGGAGACCUUAUUAGAUUAACUUUAAAUAUCUUUGGGGUCCAUUGUAUGAAUGGUUUGUUUUAUUGUGGGCUGGGAUUGUAGGUAACCCCUCGGUGGAGAGGGGAUGCUAUGUGAGACCAGCGUGUUCAAAGGACUAUAUUGAACAAUGUGCCACACAAGAAUGCACUUUUGGAACCAAGUGUGUUAAGUGGUUUCCCUGGGGAAUCUGUAGGGGGGUGGUGAAUGCAAAUUUCCCACCUGUGAUUAUGCCGAAACUCAGCCCAUAGAAGCUGUGCCUUCAAGGGUGGGCCAUUGUAUGCUGAUUACUUGUUACAAGAGAUCAAGAUCAAAGACCCAAGCUGUAUAAAGGAAUGACUGAGCUAUUCAUUGUAGCUUUGAAUCUGAGACAGUUAUGAACUUGUAACCAUGGGGGAAAUCCAGAUGUGGGUUUUGAAGCACUGAUACCUAUCAGAGAACUAGAUUGGAGUUGGGGGGUAAUCUCUGGUAAACUUUUUGUAUGUGUGUAUGUUCUUUUAUUGUUUUCAUAUGUUUUCUUUAUAAUGCUCACACCUUAAGAAUAAAUGUGCUUGCUUAGAAAGAUCUGGUAACUUAUUACUGUGGCAAUUAUACUCUUUUUAGCCUCUGGGGAGAAAGCAAAGUGCAGACGCUAGCUUGUUUAGGCAGUCUGGCUUGCUGAAAAUAGCACAGUUUAGGUAGGGAACUGUGCAGCCUGGGAAAACCACAAUCAGGAGGGAGAGGGACAUGGGCCUCUGAGAACCCUUGAGUGAGUGCCCUUAGUAGACCAUGGAGGAGGAAUAUAGGCAACAAGCACAACAUGCUCCUCACAUACAGGUCAUUUUAAUUCACUGUCAGCACCAUGGCAGGAGUCUUCAAGAGGAAUUUGGUUGUGGCAGGGCCAGGGCACUGCAGAUGAGCUUGAGCUGUACCACACAUGGGUGUCCAUGUGGAUGAAGGCAUGGAGGUGGUUUCAUGAAAAGCUGAAGGAAAAGUGAACAAGGCUGAGAGCAUUGAUAGAGCAAAGGAUACUGUCCCUGUCAAAUGUGUGGUGCUGAGUCACAUGAAUUAACUUUCUUCUGAUCUCAGUUCCACUUAAAUUUCCGAACUGACUAGCUUCAAGCAGAAGCCAAUUUUUUUAAAAAGCUAUCUGCCAUAGAAAUGCUUCUAGAAAUGGAAGGCAACCUACUCCCACCCUUGUCUCCAAAGUCAUGUGGCUCUGAGGUGCAAGCUAGGCAAUAUGUUAUAUAUAAAAUUCUUCCUCUAAAGCUUGUGCAGUUGUGGUUCUGUACUAAGGAAGCCUGGCUUUAUAGAAAUAAUAAAUAUUGGCACUAACUGUUUUCUCAAACUUCUUAAAAUACUAUUUCUGUAGUACAUACAGGCUAUGUCAAAUGUCUGACUGGGGUAGUAUUUUAUCAUUUUUUUAUUGGCAUGCAUUUUGGAUGAAUUGUGUAACUUGUGAUGGGCCCGUUCCACACUCAGGAUGACUAAGGGUACAUCUACGCUGCAAUUAGACACCCAUGGCUAGCCCACACCCGCAGACUUGGGCUAAGGGGCUGUUUAACUGUAGACAUUUGGGCUCAGGCUGCUGCCCUAGGUCUGGGACCCUCCACAUUUGCAAAGUCCUAGAGCCCAGGCUUCAGCCCAAGCCUGAAUGUCUACGCUGCAGUUAAACAGCCCCUGAGUCUAAAUCCCAGGAGCUUAAGUCACGGGCCAGCCAUAGGCUUUUAAUUGCAGUGUAGACACACCCUAAAACCUCUACACCACACUGUCACGUAUUCCUUAUAUCUAUUAUAUAAUGUCACAGUAUUUUAUCACUGCUUGUUGCAUUAAACUGUUUAGGCUAAAAUUUUGCCAGCCCUUAUGAACUGUGUGUGUGAGGAUGGAAUAAGGAGCCUUCCCUCAAUCAUUGCCCCAGCAAAAUGGGGAACUCCAGGCAGAACUGCGCCUUGUGGAGGCAAGAACCUCCCAAUGCUCUGGACUAUUCUACUAUAGACUGCGGCUAAACUCAUGUAACCCUUUGUCCCCUUUCCCCUCCCAGUCAUGCUUAAAAUACAAACAGCCACAAUGUCUGAUGUAUUUGCAAUUUGCAGGUGAAAUCAUGUGGAAAAAGUAACCAUUAUUUCUAUGGGUCAAUUUAGGAGCAUAGUCCAUAGUUCUGCUUCAAAUGCAGACUCUCUCAAGGUAAACUAAGAGGAUCAGAAGGGCACAUUAGAACGGUGGUCACGUUUCUGAGUUAUGCUGUCAUCCCAUUAAACUGAAACACAGUUCUCUCCAUUAAUUUCUUACAUAAGGCAAGACAUCCCAAUUAAUAUUGACACAUUUUAGAAAGACAAAUUUUCAUAAUAAACUUUGUGGCCACCUGUUACGGGUUUUGGUACAUUAAUCAUGCUGCUUUUCAUGAUAAACAUAGAAUCGUGUCCUUGUCCUUGUUGCCCUUUCUUUUUCGUUUCAAGGCAAACCAGUUUUUAAGUAUAGUGUUACUGUGAAGGGUGGAGAGAGAGGUGAAACUGUUUUUCCAGGUAAGCAUAUACAUUAAUUCUUUAAAUUGCUUUUGGAAACAGGAAACACAUUACUGGUUGCUGCUAGCAUAAAACAACUAAAUAUUUUUAAUUAUGUAAGCGUGUUUUUUUAUUAUUGCCUAAUCCAAAUUCCUUUCAAGUAUAGCUUUCUUAAGGUAGGACAAAGCAGUAAGUAUGGGCUUGAUUGCUAUUUCCAUUGAAAUCAAUGGAAGUGCUUUCAGUGACUUCAGCAGGAAUGGGAGUGGGGAAUUGUAACUGAAUUCAAAAUAUAAUUCUGCAACUUAACGUGUUAGGGUUUAAAGCCAUUAAAUUCAAUGGAAAACAUCCAGUGAUUUUUAGUGGACUUUGGAUUAUGAAUUUAGUGUAGCCUAGUUGAAAUGGAUAGUUAGGGGUUUAGGCUGAGAUUGCUCAAAGCAGCCUAAGGGAGAUCCCUUAGACUCCUUUGAAAAUUCCAACCUCUAGUUUCUUAACAUGAUUCAGGCUUAUACUCAAUGCUGACGUCAUUAGAAGUAUCCUCCCUCUUGUCUGCCCUUGGUGCUUGCACAGCUGGAAUUUAACAAUUCCAAAGUAACUCUUGAGCAGAAAGGAGUCCAUUGAAUUCCGGGCUUCAUUUCCAGAGGGGAAAACGCUGCAAUAAACUGUACUACAAUGAGAAGUGCUUUAUUUCAAAGCCUUCUCUUGAUUACAGCUGGAAUGUCCUCAACUUGCAGCCCCAUCUCUAAUCUUAUGGCUGAUAGCAUUACACAACUUGCAGUGGAUCUCUACCAAGUUCUCCAUUGUUCUCCUGAAGAGGAGAACAUCAUACACUCGCCGCUUGGUGUUGCUUUACUUCUUGGAACAGUGCAGUUGGGGGCAAAGGGAAAAGCACUUAAUGAGAUAACACAAGCUUUGAAACUGCAAGGAAAUAAUGAUGGUGAAGAAUUCUCUCUGCUCCAGACACUUUUCUCUGUCACCUCAGAAAAGAAAGAAUUUACAUUUAAUCUUGCCAAUGCCCUCUACCUUCAAGAAGGAUUCAUUGUAAAAGAACAGUAUCUCCAUAGCAACAAGGAAUUUUUUCAGACUGCUAUAAAACUGGUGAAUUUCCAAGACACAAAAGCUUGCACAGAGGCCAUAAGUACCUGGGUGGAAAACAAAACAGAUGGCAAAAUAAAAAAUAUCAUUUCAAGUGAAGAAUUUGGUCCUCUCACUAGGCUUAUUCUGGUGAAUGCUAUUUACUUCAAAGGAGACUGGAAGCAAAAGUUCAAAGCAGAAGCUACCCAUGAGAUGGAUUUUACUAAGAGAGAUGGUUCUGUAACUAAGAUACCAAUGAUGCAUCUUCAGCUGAGAACAAAGUUUGGUCAUUUUUCUGACAAUAAUGUGAGCUACCAGGUGUUGGAAUUACCUUACAAAGGGAAGGAGUUCAGCUUAGUUUUAACACUUCCUUUAGAAGAUGUAACUAUAGAAGAAGUAGAAAAACUAAUUACAGCUCAGCUGAUAAAAGACUGGUUUUCUGAAACACAAGAGGAAGACGUAGAAAUAAGCCUCCCUAGGUUUAAAAUAGAACAGACAGUGAACUUACAAGAAACGCUGCACUCCCUCAAUGUAACAGAGAUAUUUAGUGGCGGCUGCGACCUUUCUGGAAUAACAGAAUCAUCUGACAUACACAUUUCUAAAGCCAUCCAAAAAGUUUGUAUUGAGGUCAAUGAAGAUGGCAGUGAAGCUGCAGCAUCCUCAAGCACGCAUAUGGCAGCAAUCAUGAGUAUGUCACAUAACCAGUUUGUGGCUAACCGCCCAUUCCUAUUUAUCCUGAAACAUAAUCCAACAGGUUCAAUUGUGUUUAUGGGAAGGCUGGCAAACCCUGACAUUCAAAACAUAAGGAGAAGAGAUAUGGAGUCACUAUAAUCAUAACAAAGACAGAAAAAAUGUAAUGUUCUAAAAUUAAAGUCUGAUCAUUACUA